UGUUCAAAACUGCGUCAGUGCGCUGAGAGGAGUGGCUGUGAGUCCCGUUAUUUUCGAGAGAUACUGUAUUCACAAUCUUGGGAGAUUUCUGCAGACAUGGAGCUUCUAUCACUUCUCUUUAUGAGCUCCUGCUUCCUGACUUUGUCCGGACUGACGUUUGGUGAUCAAUCCGGGACAUCUGUGAUUGUGAGAGAAGGUGAUUAUGCCAUUUUACCCUGUUCCCUCGGCACCAGCAUUGAGUUUGUGCGGUUUGAGUGGACGAAGGAAGGAACUGAAAAGGAGGUGUAUAUACAUGAUACUGGGGUGGAUCGUAGUCCUGCCCUCCCAGGUCGAGUCUCACAUUUUCGAGAUGAUCUGGAGAACGGCAACGCCUCCAUAAGAAUAAAAAAUGCUCAACUGGAGGACGGAGGAAACUACACCUGUGACUUUCCAAGCAGAAGAAAAACAUUCAGGAUUGAGCUUGUUGUUGGAGCAGCAGAGCCAGAGAUCACAAUUUUUGUUCGACUAUAUGGCGGGGCACUGCUUCAGUGUGAUGUUAAGAAUGCUUACCCCAAACCUACAGUGGAGUGGCAGGACAGUAAGGAUCAAAUCAUUCCCUCUGAGAAGCCACAUGUCUCUGAACAAGGAGGUCACUUCUACAUCACCGUCAAUACUACUGUGGAAAAAAGUGGCCGCUAUCACUGUGUCGCCACACAGAAGGAAAUCAACCAUCAGGCACAAAAGGAAAUCAAUGUACAUUUGAAUGGUGAGUGGCAUUUUAAUCACUAA